GGUUGAAGGGUCGCUUUCGUUAAGGCUUCCCAAAUUCGUUUCCGUGAUUGUUUUGUCUGAUGAGCUGCAGGCCAUGGACGCAGUUAUAACUGGUUAACAUCUAAUCGCACAUUAAAGCAGAACUUAGAAACGCGUGAGAGAAAAUCUAGGGCUGAACCUGUUUCCAAAUCUGGUUCAGGCUUGUUGGCCGGUUAAUGCAUAGAGUUAAGAGGGUGAAACUUGAAGACGAAACAGAAGGUAGUUGGAAAAGUUAUUCAGCUUUCAGAAUGACUGCUGUAGAUGAGCUCUCGGACAGCUCGGAGGUAGUGGAGAUGGAGGACGUGCCCUCCCAGUUCUUUGUGGAGAAGCACUCGUGGGACGGCCUGCGGUACAUCAUCCAUAGUAGCCGCAAGUACACGGGCAUGGUCAUCAACAAGGCCCCGCACGACUUCCAGUUUGUCCAGAGGCAGGACGAGUCAGGCCCAUACUCCCAUCGACUCUACUACCUUGGAAUGCCCUAUGGAAGUAGGGAAAACUCAUUACUUUACUCAGAGAUUCCCAAGAAGAUUCGGAAAGAGGCCCUUCUGGUGUUGUCGUGGAAACAGAUGCUAGAUCACUUUCAGGCCACCCCUCAUCAUGGGGUGUACUCCCGGGAGGAGGAGCUGCUGAGGGAGAGAAAGCGUCUGGGGGUCUUUGGGAUCACAUCGUAUGAUUAUCACGCCGAGAGCGGCCUUUUCCUGUUCCAGGCCAGCAACAGCCUGUUCUACUGUCGGGACGGAGGCCAUAAUGGCUUCAUUGCGUCCCCCAUGAAGCCUGUAGAGAUUAAGACCCAAUGCUCAGGCACACGAAUGGACCCCAAGAUCUCCCCAGGCGACCCCACCUUCAUGGCCUUCAUCAAUAGCAACGACCUGUGGGUGGCCAGCAUCGAGACUGGGGAGGAGAGGAGACUCACCUACUGCCAUAAAGGGAUGAAUAAUGUGAAGGAGGACCCCAAGUCUGCAGGCAUUGCCACCUUUGUAAUCCAGGAGGAGUUUGACCGCUUCACGGGCUACUGGUGGUCGCCAGCUGCUCCUGAAGACCCAGAUGGGGGGAAGACCCUCCAGUUACUGUAUGAGGAGGUGGAUGAGUCAGAGGUGGAGUUAAUUCACGUUCCCUCCCCAGCCCUGGAGGAGCGCAAGGCUGAUGUUUACAGAUACCCCCGCACAGGGAGUAAGAAUCCUCAAAUUACUUUCAAACUGGUAGAAAUCAGAACCGACCACCUUGGCAGAAUUGUAAGCACCCAGGACAAGGAGUUGGUCCUGCCUUUUACCACCCUGUUCCCUGGGGUUGAGUACAUCGCCCGCGCCGGCUGGACAAAAGACGGCAAAUAUGCAUGGGCGGUACUGCUGGACAGGAGCCAACAGAGGCUCCAGUUGGUCCUGCUGCCCCCGGCCCUGUUCAUCCCUGUAACCCAGGACCAGGCCCAACGGGAGGAGAGUGUGGAGGCUGUGCCAGAGGGGGUUCACCCCUUCAUCAUCUACGAGGAGAUCACCGACAUAUGGAUCAACAUCCAUGACAUAUUUUAUCCUUUCAUUCAAACAAACGAUGAUGAGAUCACCUUCCUCUGGGCGAACGAGUCCAAAACUGGCUUCUGCCAUUUGUACAAAGUCACCACGCUGUUACAACAGGGCUGCUACCAGUGGACCAGAGACUACACGCAGACAGAGGAGGACUUUAAGUGCCCGAUCAAGGAAGAGGUGACGUUAACCAGUGGAGAGUGGGAGGUGUUGGCCAGACAUGGCUCCAAGAUCUGGGUGAACGAGGCUACCCAGCUGGUGUACUUCCAAGGCACGCGGGACACGCCCCUGGAGCAUCACCUAUACACUGUGAGCUACGACUCCCCGGGGGAUAUGGUCAGGCUGACCAAGCCAGGCUUCUCCCACAGCUGCUCUGUAAGCCAGAAUUUUGACAUGUUUGUCAGCCAUUACAGUAAUGUCAGCACACCUCCCUGCGUCCACAUCUACAAGCUGAUGGGCCCAGAGAGUGACCCACUGCACAAAGAGCCUGAGUUCUGGGCUAGCAUGAUGGAGGCCACAGGACGCCCAGGAGAUUACAUUCCACCAGAGAUCUUUACUUUCCCAGGGAAUUCAGGGUUCCACCUCUACGGCAUGUUGUACAAACCACACAACUUGUUACCUGGCAGGAAGCACCCUACAAUCGUCUUUGUGUAUGGAGGCCCCCAGGUGCAGUUAGUAAAUAACACAUACAAAGGAGUGAAGUACCUGAGACUGAAUACGCUAGCGUCACUAGGCUACGCCGUCGUGGUCAUUGACGGGAGAGGCUCCUGUCAGAGAGGCCUCAAGUUCGAGGGGGCUCUGAAAAACAAAAUGGGCCAGGUGGAGAUCGAGGACCAGGUGGAGGGGCUGCAGUACGUGGCUGAAAACUACACUUUUGUGGACCUGAGUCGCGUGGCCAUCCACGGCUGGUCUUACGGAGGCUUCCUCUCCCUCAUGGGCCUCGUCCACAGGCCCAACGUCUUCAAGGUGGCCAUAGCGGGUGCCCCUGUGACGGUGUGGAUGGCCUAUGACACCGGUUACACGGAGCGCUACAUGGACCUACCUGAGAAUAACCAGCAGGGAUACGAAGCCGGUUCUGUCGCCUUGCACGUAGACAAGCUGCCCAGCGAGCCUAACCGGUUACUUAUAUUACAUGGAUUCCUUGACGAGAAUGUGCACUUUUUCCACACCAACUUCCUGGUGUCUCAACUGAUCCGUGCGAAGCCAUAUCAGCUACAGAUCUACCCCAAUGAGAGACACAGCAUCCGCUGCCCAGAGUCUGGAGAGCACUAUGAGAUUAUGCUGCUGCACUUCCUCCAGCAGUACCUCUGAGGGCUGCAGUUGAAUGAACAGAACCACUGCCCCCACCCCAUUGCCCAAUGUUACCAUGCCCCUUCACAUAUACCACAGGAGGCUGGUGAGUGGAGGACUGGUCAUAAUAGCUGGAAUGGAGUGAAUGGAAUGGUAUCAAACAUGUCUGAUGUAUUUUAAACCAUUCCAUUUAUUCCGUUCCAUCCAUUACUAUGAGCUGGUCCUCCCCAAUUAAGGUGCCAUCUGUGAUAAACACACUGUGCCCCAUCAUCUGCGAUUUGCGUCCGAUCCCUCACACCACUCUUAAAAACCAAGAUUUUUUAUAACAGCCUGGAGAAGCCCUCCCAUGCUACCAACCCCUUCCCACGCCUAGAGCAGAGGGUUGUCACCUGUCCGUUUUUAACUGGACAAUGACUGCAAAGAAGGAGAGAAGUAGAAAAUAUAGAGCAAACAUGAGCAUUUGAGAAAAAGAGCUCAUUAGCAUCAUGGAGUGAUUUUCUGUUUUUAUUUGGGAUAUUUGUGCCACACCCUGUUAGCAAGGGAGAUCAGUAUGAAAGUAUAUUUACUACUUUUGAUCGCUCUGGAUAAGAGCAUCUGCAAAUGACUAAAAUGUAAAUGAUUUUUUUGUUCAUACUUUGGACUGUGCUGUUGUAAGUCAUGGUGGAUUGCAGUGUUGUGUGGUGAGCCAAAUGGUGUGGCCGCUGAGGACGGAAAACACACACUACCUGCAACUGGUAUUUUAAGUGUGUAUUAAAAUAAAAAAAGUAUUUUUAGGAAUUCUUCUUUUAUAACGAGUGUCUAAAUUAAGACUACUAUCUCCAAUGCCAUUUCACUCUAGUGAUCAAGUCUUUGCUGAGCUUGUCGCCUCAGAAGACGCAAGCUUCUUUAGCUUUUGAUAACUUUUACUGACUUUCAUCUCAAUCGCAAUGUUAAAUGUAUCAAUAGGGUCACAUGUACAAUGCACUCGGAAAGUAUUCAGACCCCUUCACAUUUUUAACAUGACAGCCUUAUUCUAAAAUUGAUGAUUUUUUUUUCCCUCAUCAGUCAACACACAAUACCCCAUAAUGAUAAAGGUAAAAAAAAAAAUGUUUUAUUUUUUUAACAUUUUUGCUAAUUUAUUUAAAAUAAACAGCAGUUACCUUAUUUACAUUACUAUUCAGACCCUUUGCUAUGAGACUCGAAAUUGAGCUCAGGUGCAUCAUGUUUCCAUUGAUCAUCCUUGAGAUGGUUCUACAACUUGAUUGGAGUCCACUUGUGGUAAAUUCAAUUGAUUGGACAUGAUUUGGAAAGGCACACACCUGUCUAUAUAAGGUCCCACAGUUGACAGUGCAUGUCAGAGCAAAAGCCAAGCCAUGAUGUCGAAGGAAUUGUCCGUAGAGCUAUAAGACAGGAUUGUGUCAAGGCCAAGAUCUGGGGAAUGGUAGAAAAAACAUUUCUGCAGCAUUGAAAGUCCCCAAGAACACAGUGGCCUCCAUCGUUUUUAAAUGGAAGAAGUUUGGAACCACCAAGACUCUUCCUAGAGCUGGCCACCUGGCCAAACUGAGCAAUCGGGGUCGAAGGGCCUUGGUCAGGUAGGUGACCAAUAACCCAAUGGUCACCGACAGAGCUCCAGAGUUCCUCUGUGGAGAUGGUAGAACCUUCCAGAAGGACAACCAUCACUGCAGCACUCCAACAAUGAGGCCUUAAUGGUAGUGGCCAGACAGAAGCCAGUCCUCAGUAAUAGGCACAUGACAGCCCGCUUGGAGUUUGCCAAAAGGCACCUAAAGGACUCUCAAACCAUGAGAAACGGGAUUCUCUGGUCUGAUGAAACAAAGAUUGAACUCUUUGGCCUGAAUGCCAAGUGUUACAUCUGGAGGAAACCUGGCACCAUCCCUACGGUGCAGCAUGGUGGUGGCAGCAUCAUGCUGUGGGGAUGUUUUUCAGCAGCAGGGACUGGGAGACUAGUCGGGAUCGAGGGAAACAUGAAUGGAGAAAUCCUUUAUGAAAACCUGCUCCAGAGCGCUCAGGAAAUCAGACAAGUGUGAAUGUUCACCUUCCAACAGGGGAAUGACCCUAGCCACACAGUGCAGGAGUGGCUUUGGGACAAGUCUGAGUGGCCCGUACUUAACCCGCUCAAACAUCUCUGGAGACCUGAAAAUAGCUGUGAAGCGACGCUCCCCAUUCAACCUGACGGAGCUUGAAAGGAUCUGCAGAGAAUGGGAGAAACUGCCCAAAUACAGGUGUGCCAAGCUUGUAGCGCCAUACCCAAGAAGACUUUAUGCUGUAAGCGCUGCCAAAGUUGCUUCAACAGAGUACUGAAUAAAGGGUCUGAAUAGUGACAGUACCAGUCAAUCAUUCAAGGAUUUUAAAAUGUAUUUUUUUUACUAUAAUCUGCAUUGGAGAAUAUUAGUGAAGUCAUCAAAACUAUGAAAUAACACAUGGAAUCAUGUAGUAACCUAAAGUGUUAAAAACAUCUACAUAUAUUUGAUAUUCUUCAAAGGAGCCACCCUUUGCCUUGAUGACAGCUUUGGACACACACUUGGUAUUCACUCAACCAGCUUCAUGAGGUGUCACCUGGAAUGCUUUUACAACAGUCUUGAAGGGGUUCCCACAUAUGCUGAGCACUUGUUGGCUGCUUUUCCUUCACUCUGCAGUCCAACUCAUCCCAAACAAUCUCAAUUGGAUUGAGGUCGGGUGAUUGUGGAGGCCAGGUCAUCUGAUGCAGCACUCCAUCCCUCUCCUUCUUGGUCAAAUAGCCCUUACACAGCCUGAAGGUGUAUUAAGUCAGUGUCCUGUAGAAAAACAAAUGAUUGGCCCACUAAGAGCAAACCAGAUAGCAGAGUUCUGUGGUAGCCGUGCUGGUUAAGUGUGCCUUGAAUUCAAAAUAAAUCAGUGUCACCAGCAAAACACCAUCACACCUCGUCCUCUAUGCUUCACGGUGAGACACAUGCAGAGAUCAUCCGUUCACCUAUUCUUGUGUGUCUCAAAGACACGGCAGUUGGAAUCAAAAAUCUCACAUUUGGACUCAUCACAUCAAAGGACAGAUUUUCACCAGUCUAAUGUCCAUUGCUCGUGUUUCUUGGCCCUAUCAAGUCACUUCUUAUUGGUGUCCUUUUUAGUAGUUCAAUUCAACCAUGAAGCCCUGAUUUCAUGCAGUCUCCUCUGAACAGUUGAUGUUAAGAUGUGUCUGUCACUUGAAAUCUGAAGCAUUUAUUUAGGCUGCAAUAUCUGAGGCUGGUAACUCCUAAUGAACUUUUCCUCUGCAGCAGAGGUAGCUCUGGGUCUUCCUUUCCAUCGGCGGUCCUCAUGAGAGCCAGUUUCAUCAUAGCGCUUGAUGGUUUUUGCAAAUGCACUUGAAGACACUUUCAAGCUGUUCUUGCCAUAAUAUGAAUUUGGUCUUUUACUAAAUAGCCCUAUCUUCUGUAUACCACCCCUACCUUGUCACAAAACAAAUUGUCUCAAAUGCAUUAAGGAAAUAAGUCCCACAAAUGAACUUUUUACAAGGCCCACCUGUUACAGGAUCGGUGCCCCCCCAACGCAGGAUGGUUGAGCUUACAUAGGCUUAUGCGAUUAGCAGUUAUGAACUUGAAAAUGUAUCAAUAAACCAGUUAGGCACAUUUGGGCAGUCUUGAUACAUCAAUUUGAACAGAAAUACAAUGGUUCAUUGGAUCACACUAAAAUGUUGCACAUACACUGCUGCCAUCUAGUGGCCAAAAUUGUGCCUAAACUGGACUAAUGCAUAGCGACCUUUUCUCUUGCAUUUUCAAAGAUGACGCAAGCAUGUUCUUUUCUUUUGUGUUAUCUUUUACCAGAUCUAAUGUUAUAUUCUCGUACAUUAAUUUCACAUUUCCAAAAACUUUAGUGUUUCCUUUCAAAUGGUAUCAAGAAUAUGCAUAUAUUUGCUUCAGGUCCUGAGCUACAAGCAGUUAGAUUUGGUUGUUAUUUUAGGCGAAAAUUGAAAAAAAGCGGGUGUUAAGAAGCGCGGCUUGGCAGUUCAUGUUUUGGGGGACGCGUGACUUGACCUUCGCCUCUCCUGAGCCUGUUGAGGAGUUGCAGAGAUGAAACAAGAUGGCAAUUGGAUAUUAUGAAAAAAGGGGUAAGAGUAAGGCUGUAUCGUAAAACAAAAUGUGGAAAAAGUCAAGGGGUCUGAAUACUUUCCGAAUGCACUGUAACUCCGUUAUCAGUCAUAUGGUACAAAAACAACCCCUGGAAUUCUUAUGCCUUUAUUGUAAGGAUGUCUGUCAUUUAUGUUCUAUGCACUGUGUUCUGUUUCUAUGGGGCGUUGGCCAUUUAUGCAAAUUAGACAUGAUAACCCUUAAUUUAUAACUUGGGGAAUACUAAGCUUGGUUGUGCUUGUAUCUGUCUGUAAUUUGAAGUGAAGCGGUUGUAUCGUUUUUUAUUUCACUAGGGGAGCGGUAUGUUUUAUGAUUCUUUGUGCCAUCUUGAGUACAACUAUAAACCUUAAGGAUCCAGACAAAAUAAGUCAUAGAUUUAAGGACUCAUUUCACCCAAGCAAUCAACCAUUGCAAAUAUAACUCACUUUUACAUUUCUUUAAGAUA